AUGUGUAAGAAAAUUGUAGUAAUUAUAUUAUCUACUAUAUUAGGAAUAGUAGUUUUGGCAGGACUUGGAGUGCUUAUUUGGUGGUUAGUAGCAGGAAGAUAUUCAAAUGAAGUAGAAACUAUCAUACUUGAAAGAGAUGGCUUCGGCAACACCACGUAUACGGCGGCGUUUACAAGAUUUUCGGGACUUGGUGAAAUUUUCUGGUGGUUCUUCCCUUCAUCAUCGGGCACGAACAAACCUAUAAUAUUAUUUUUGGGCGGCGUAACGGGGCUACCGCACACUUUUCUCCUUAAUUUCGGAAACAUUGGUCCUUUAGAUUUCAACCUUAAUGAAAGGGAAGAUUCUUUGGUUACUUCAUACAAUCUAUUGUUUGUAGAUGGUAUAUUCGGCACAGGAUUCAGUAAAUCAGAGAAGAGUCUACCGAUUCCAGUCAAUUUAGAUGAUUUAGUCAAAAACCUAGUACAAACACUCGAAGCUUUUUACAACAAUAAUGAAGAAUAUAGAAACGCACCGCUGUUUAUCUAUGAACAAGGUGAUGGGGCGCACUUGGCAAUUUCUUUAGCAAUUCGUUUAGCUGAAGAUGACGAAUUUUCAAGCCAAUUCAAAGGUAUUUUCCUCGGAAAUCCUGUAAUAGCCCCGGGUCUCGCUUUGACAAAGCUUGGGUUCUAUUUAGAGGAACUAGCUAUGAUCGAUGGAACCGGCAGAGCCGCCGUUGAAGACUUUUCAGCUUCGGUCAAUACGCUUCUUUCUGAAGAUAAAUUGGAAGAAGCAUUUGACAAAUUUAUCACUUUGGGUGACUUCGUGAAUGACCAAGCUGGCGCGUUUGCCGCAAAUAUAGGACGGAUUGUUGAGAAAUUAACUCCAGAAUCUGAAAGAGAUUACUUCGGUCAAAGCUUAUAUUAUGAGAGAGUGGUACCAGCUAAUAUAACCAUGAAGAGUUUUAUGGAAGGUGUUAUAGCCCCAGCUCUUGGAAUAUCAAGGAAUGUUAAUUACGACAACGACCGUAACGCCACUGUUAGAGCAUUUAGGCCAAUUUAUAUGACAAGUAUUGCAGAUAAAGUGGAAACAAUUUUGAACUCAACAAAUGUUACUGUCACAAUUUUCAAUGGAAAUUUAGAUGCCGUGUCAAACACACCUGGGCAACUCGAAUGGGUUGAUAAUUUAAAUUGGCCAGGAAAAGCAAAUUUCACUGGCAGCUUCCGACAGACUUUAAUAAUAAAUAAUCUAAUCGAAGGUUACUUCCGUGAAACCAGUCAACUCAAUUUCUAUUGGAUCAAUGUUGCUGGACAAUCGACGUUGUUGGACAAUCCUAUUGCUACGAAAAAGAUGCUGGAAAGGAUCACCCGUGAACGAAAUUGA